CGUUGACGUUUCAUUGCACGCGGUGUGCAUCUCACCGUGUGAUUUUUUCUGCAAUACAAACAAAGUUCGAUUUUUGGGAAUAAGUACUAUUGCUUGAUUCUACGCUGCAUAGAAACCUGUAAGGCAGUUGUUUUCCAUCCGGACAUGGCACCAGGAGUUAGUGCAGCAGCCGCCGCCACACGUUCGUUGAAAAUUUUCGUCGGAAACGUUCCCUGGACGGUUGGACAUCGCGAAUUGCGUAACUAUUUCGCCCAGUUCGGGCGUGUCACCUGGGCCCAGGUUAUAUUCGACCGUCGAACCGGUUUAUCCAAGGGCUACGGAUUUGUGUCGUUCCAGAAAGCAGCGGCAUUGGAGAACCUGCAACAAACGCAAAAGCACGUCAUCGAGCAGUCGUCCAUUUUCUAUCAACUGUCGGAUUAG